CAAGUACCAUCCUUAUACCAUAACCCAUCCCCGAUCACCCCCCCCCCCCCCCCCCGGCCGGCGGAGGAGAUGGAGACGACGCCGGAGCCGACGAAAUCGGGGGCCGUGCUCGUCAGCGGCGCCAACGGCUUCAUGGGCUCCUGGCUGGUCCGCGCCCUCUUGGACUCCGGCUACGCCACCGUGCGCGCCUCCGUGUUCCCGGGCACCGACGCCUCCCACCUCUUCUCCCUCCCGGGGGCCUCCCCUUCCCGCCUCCUCCUCUUCGAAGCCGACGUCCUCGACGCCCCCGCCGUCGCCCGGGCCGUCGACGGCUGCGAGGGCGUCUUCCACGUGGCGUCCCCCUGCAACCUCGAGGCCCCCGAGGACCCCGAGCGCGACCUCCUCCUCCCCGCCGUCCAGGGCACCCUGAACGUGCUCGAGGUCGCCGAGCGGUCCGGCGUGAGGCGCGUGGUCCUCACGUCCUCCGUCUCCGCCUUGAUCCCCAACCCGGGCUGGCCUCCUCACAAGCCCUUCGACGAGUCUUCCUGGACCGACCUUGACUACUGCAAGUCUCGCCAGAAAUGGUAUCCGGUGUCGAAGACUCUGGCGGAGAAGGCGGCAUGGGAAUUCGCGGAGAAGCACGGACUAGAUGUGGUCGCGAUAAACCCGGCCACAUGCCUUGGCCCUCUAUUGCAGCCGGGUCUCAACGCGAGCAGUGCCGUGCUGCUACAGCUGCUUCAGGGAUCGACAGAUACACAGGAGUUUCACUGGCUCGGGGCUGUUGACGUUAGAGAUGUGGCCAAGGCACAAGUCUUGCUGUAUGAGACACCGGCUGCGUCCGGUAGGUAUCUCUGCACAAAUGGUAUCUAUCAGUUCGGUGAUUUUGCUCAAAGGGUCACGAAGCUCUUCCCUGAGUUUCCUAUCCACAGGUUUACAGGAGAAACCCACCCAGGUAUGGCAGCGUGCAAAGAUGCAGCGAAGAGAUUGAUCGAUCUGGGGUUGUCCUUUACACCUCUUGAAGAUACCAUCAGAGAUGCGGUCGAGAGCCUCAAAGCAAGAGGCUACUUGCAAGGAUAAUCACAAUGUUGGGGGUUUUUCUUUUUUUUUUAUUUUGCUAAACUAAACUAAUUUGCAGUGUCUUGGUUUGUCUGUUGUUUUAAUCCCUUGGUCCUCUGAGCAAACGAGUAAAGGUGCUUUCGUAAUCAUAAGUUUAAACUUCUUUGCAGAGUGUAUUUAUUCUUAGAAAUCAUCCCCUCUUUUGGUUGCACAUGCAAGGGCAACUUGUAUUGCAGUCUUACAGAUAAAAGAUUCUGCAUCUACAGACAAUGAACAUUCAAUAGCAAUUUAA